CCUCCCUCUUCUCAGAAUCCAACUCUGAUGGCACAGUAUAUUUCCUGGUUCAUCCCCUUUCAUAGAGCUGCAAGGUCAGAGAUGGGAGUGACCAACAAGCUGAGCAAGAGGCACAAGUCACUUUAUUGCAGAUCAUGUGUAUAUAGGAAAGAAAAGGUACGUCACUUCAAGGAAAGUUAAAGUCAGUCAUUCACUGUUGUGAGAGGUGAAAUGGCGCAGCAAAGAAACCAGGUAGACAGGGUGAAAAUCAGCUGUUCAAUCUGUCUGGAUCUCCUGAAGGAUCCGGUGACUAUUUCCUGUGGACACAACUACUGCAUGAGCUGUAUUAAAACCCACUGGGAUGAGGAAGACCGGAAAGACAUCCACAGCUGCCCUCAAUGCAGGACGAUGUUCACGCCAAGGCCUGACCUGAUGAUAAACACCAUGUUAGCAGCUUUAGUGGAGAAGCUGAAGAAGACUGGACUCAAAGCUGCUGCUGCUGAUCACUGCUAUGCUGGAGCUGAAGAUGUGGCCUGUGAUGUCUGGACUGGGAGGAAACUGAAAGCCCUCAAGUCCGGUUUAGAUUGUCGAGCCUCUUACUGUGGGAAACACCUGCAGCCUCACUAUGAUGCAGCUGUGGAUGAACAUAAAGGCCACAACACAGUCUCAGCUACAGCAGAAAGGAAUGAGAAGCAGAGGGAGCUCGAGGGGAGUCGACAACAAAUCCAGCAGAGAAUCCAGGACAGAGAGAAAGAUGUGAAGGUGUUUCAGCUGGAGGUGGAGGCCAUCAGUCGCUCUGCUGGUAAAGCAGUGGAGCACAAUGAGAAGAUCUUCACUCGGCUAAUCCGUCUCCUGUUGAAAAGCCGUUCUGAUGUGAAGAAGCAGAUCAGAUCCCAGCAGGAAACUGAAGUGAGUCGAGUCAAAGAGCUUCAGCAGAAGCUGGAGCAGGAGAUCACUGAGCUGAAGAGGAAAGAUGCUGGUCUGGAGCAGCUCUCACACACAGAGGAUCCCACCCAGUUUCUACUCAACUACCCCUCAGUGUCAGCACUCAGUCAGUCUACACACUCAUCCAGCAUCGACAUCCGUCCUCUGAGAUACUUUGAGGAUGUGACAGCAGCUGCGUCAGAGGUCAGAGAGAAAAUGGUGGCUGUCCUUAGUGAGAAGUGGUCACCAGUAGAGGUUAAGAACAGAGCAGACUUCCUAAAAUAUUCAUGUCAAGUCACACUGGAUCCAAAGACUGCAAACAAAAAUUUGGUUUUAUCAAAGGGGAACAGAAAAUUAACAUGCAAUAUAACAGACAAGCCACAUCCUGAACAUCCAGACAGAGUAACUCAUGUAUUUCAGGUCCUGAGUAAAGACGGACUGACUGGACGUUGUUACUGGGAAGUGGAGAUGAGCGGGAACGUUGAAGUAGCAGUCACUUACAAGACCAUCAGCCGAUCAGGGGACAUGAAUACCCAUAUGUUCGGAUACAGCGCCAAGUCUUGGGCACUUCGUUUUAACAACAGAUACACAUUUAGACACAACAACAUCUUAGCUCCCGCCUCCGCUCACCUAUCCUCCACAAUAGGAGUGUACCUGGAUCACAGCGCAGGUAUUCUGUCCUUCUACAGUGUCUCUGAAACCAUGACUCUCCUCCACAGAGUCCAGACCACGUUCACUGAGCCGCUCUACGUUGGACUGGGUCUUCUUGUUAACGGAGACACUGCUGAGUUGUGUCAGCUUGAGUAGACAAGUUUACAAGUAAACUCAGUGGAAGUUUAACAAUCAUUAGGUUAA